AUGAAAGCUCUCGUCUACAACGGCCCCGAUGGUGGCGUUGCGCUGGAAGAGCGGCCGGUGCCAGAGCUCCAGGCGCCAGGCGACGCCAUUGUGCAGCUCAAAUACACGACCAUCUGCGGGACGGACCUGCACAUCAUGAAGGGCGACGUGCCUUCGUGCGAGCCUGGGCGGGUGCUUGGGCACGAAGGUGUCGGCGUCAUUUCUCGGGCGGGCUCAUCCGUCAGCAAAUUCAAGGAAGGCGAUCUAGUACUAAUCCCGGCCAUCACGGCAUGCGGAACGUGCCACUACUGCCGGCGCGGGAUGCACUCGCAGUGCGACACGGGCGGAUGGGUGCUAGGCAACACGCUCGACGGCACGCAGGCCGAGUACGUGCGCAUCCCGAAUGCCGAAACGUCGCUGUACAAGGUCCCCGAGGGCGUGGACCCAAAGACGGUCGUCAUGCUGAGCGACAUCUUACCCACGGGAUUCGAGUGCGGUGUCCUGAACGCGAAGGUCGAGCCUGGAUGUUCGAUGCUCAUCAUCGGCGCGGGCCCCGUCGGUCUGGCGGCCUUGCUGACGGCCCAGCUCUACUCGCCCGGUCUCAUCAUCGUCAUCGACUACGACGAGAACAGGCUGAAGCUCGCCCGCGAGCUCGGCGCACACGCUACUGCCACGCCUCCGCAGGCUGAGGAGACGGUCAUGCGCUUGACCGAGGGGCGUGGCUGCGAUGCCGUGCUCGAGGUUGUCGGUAUCCCGCAGACCUUCCAUCAGUGCCAGGAGCUCGUUGGGCCUGGCGGCACCAUCGCCAACGUCGGUGUGCACGGCACCAAGGUAGAUUUGCACCUGGAGAAGCUGUGGGACAAGAAUAUUUCAAUCACCACGAGAUUGGUCGACACGGCGACGGUGCCGAUGCUUUUGAAGCUUGUGGCGGCCAAGAGACUGCCGGCCGAGAAACUCAUCACUCACAACUUUGCUUUCACCGACAUGAUGAACGCCUACAGCACAUUCAAGGCGGCUUCGACCAACCAAGCGCUGAAGAUUAUCAUCGAGUUCUGA